UAAUCGCCCAAGUUCCUAUAUACACUUUUCCAGUUAAUACUUACAAUUAUUAUGUUAGUGGUGGAAAUGGAGUUCAACUCUUUGUAGAAGAAAAAGGGAAUCCUGAAAUGACUACAAUCGUGUUCACAAGUGGGUAUUUGGGAACGCGUAAUAGCUGGGAACCACAAUGGACUGAUUCAUAUCUUAGCAAGAAAUUUCAUCUCGUUAGGUGGGAUUGCCGAGGGCUCGGCAAAAGCGGUAAACCAAACGAAUACUCUCUCAAAUUACACAGCGAUGACCUUGCAGCCGUAAUAGCUAAAGUUAAAUCGAAUAAAUCGAACAAGAAGAUCGUCUUGGUUGGCUGGUCUUAUGGGUCACUAAUUUCUCUCAAAUUUAUGCAAAAUUAUCCUGAUAUUGAAGUACAUGGAUUUAUCUCGAUUGUGGGACUCGUUAAUUUCAAAUUCGAGCCGGCAAUAGAAUUCACGAAUGUUACAACUAUAUUGAAGAACACUGAUGAUUUCACAACAAUUGUUUCCGCGUUUACUUUAAUUUAUGAGAUUAUCUCCGCUAAAACUCUUUCUGAUGAACUCAAAUCAUUAAUGCUCGAUCCAACAGUUGAUUUAAGUAAUUUCUUUAGUAACCUAAAUAUUCCAACCUUAAAUAUCAUUGGCGCACAAGAUCGUAUUGCACCGUUUAGUUAUGGUUUAUAUUACGCAGGUCUCGCUAAACGUGAAAACAAAUUAUUUACGAAGAAUGUGGACACUUCCCUCCAUGGGAAGUUACAAGGGAAUUUAAUUACGAUAUCUCGAAAUUCGUGUCCAAUGUAUAGUAAUCGCCCAAGUUCUAUAUACACUUUUCCAGUUAAUACUUACAAUUAUUAUGUUAGCGGUGGAAAUGGAGUACAACUUUUUGUAGAAGAAAAAGGGAAUCUUGAGAUGACUACAAUCGUUCACAACUGGGAACAACAAUGGACUGAUCCAUAUCUUAGCAAGAAAUUUCAUCUCGUUAGGUGGGAUUGCCGAGGGCUCGGCAAAAGCGGUAAACCAAACGAAUACUCUCUCAAAUUACACAGUGAUGACCUUGCAGCCGUAGUAUCUAAAGUUCUAUCGAAUAAAUCGAACAAGAAGAUCGUCUUGGUUGGCUGGUCUUAUGGGUCGGCAGUUUCUCUCACAUUUAUGCAAAAUUAUCCUGAUAUUGAAAUACAUGGAUUUAUUUCGGUUGUGGGAGUCAAUAUCUCCGCUAAACCUCUUUCUGAUGAACUCAAAACUUUAAUGCUCGGCACCGCUGUUCUUGCUUCUAAAGGAUAUCGCGAAACUAGUCUUUUUGAUUUAACAGCUGAUUUAAGUAAUUUUUUUAGUGACCUAAACAUUCCAACCUUAAAUAUCAUUGGCGCACAAGAUCGUAUGGUACCGUUUAGUUAUGGUUUAUAUUACGCAGGUCUCGCUAAACGUGAAAACAAAAUUAUUUACGAAGAAUGUGGACACCUCCCUCAAUGGGAAGUUACACGGAAACUUAAUUACGAUAUCUCGAAAUUCGUGUCCAAUGUAUAG